AUUUCAAUACAUAGUUCCUCUGCGACACAAUUUUCAUUGUCUGUUUUAUAAAUCAGAUUUCAAAGUUCGGAAAAUAAAUUUGACGUGCGUAGUCUUCACAGAUAAGUUAAAAAUCGCCGUUUUUAGAGACUUAGGCAUUGAAUGCGAACAUGUGAACUAUUCAGCACCACCAUAGCGGACAGCGACUGUGAGAUUAAAUCAUGAUCAUGUGCCGUCUGAAAGCUGAACGGUGCUGAUUUAUUUACUCUUUAUUAUCAGUAUUAUAUAUUUUUUUUAUGUUUCAUGCUUAUUGUUUGUUUUUUUAUUUUCUAUAUUAUUAAAACCUUAAUUAACAUGAUACUCUGGCUGUAUGCAGGCUGUGAUGUUUAUUUUAUUUUUGCCAUGAACCCGUAUUUUAUCACAGUGAUUGAUAUUCAGUAGACUUUGUAACGAUCACCCUGCAUGAAGGCUCCCACGCAGAAUAGAUGCUGCCACUUUAAGAGUGUCGAUCGGUUCCCCUCUCAUUGGAUGGUGGAUAUAGAUGCUGUGCACCAAUAGGAAUCAGAAUUGUACAAAGCAAUCUAGUCCCUGCCCCCAUGCAGCUUUAGCGCUUUAACACUUAGAAUGGAAGAGCUCGAGGAGAGAGACAGCACUGAGCUCGUUUUUUAAAGAUGUAUAUAUAUUAAAUACCAGCUUACAACCAUGCUCUUACACUGUGGCAGGUUUUCUUUAAGGAUAUUUCCUGAUAUCGGGAUUAUACAAUUAUUAUUUACAAGAUCUCGAUUGGAAUAAGUUUUUAAAAGCGGACCAAGGAUGACAAAGACAAUAGGAUACCGAGACUGGAGAUGGCAGGCGCUAUUUUGGCAUCAUUUCUUCCUCUUGUGGACUACAAUAGACGGACAGACUCGUUACAGCAUCCCGGAGGAGCUGAAACAGGGCUCUGUGGUAGGAAAUAUUGCCAAAGAUUUGGGUUUGGGACUAUCAGAGAUUUUUGAGCGAAGGCUACGUGUCGCCUCUGAGGCCGGUAAGCAGUAUUUCAGCGUGGAUGCGGGGAAGGGCGAGCUGAUAGUAAAUGACCGACUAGACAGAGAGGCUUUGUGUGGACAAAGCGCCAGCUGUGUUCUACCUCUGCAGGUUGUAAUUGAAGACCCUUUACAGUCUCAUCGAAUUGAAGUGGAAAUACGAGACAUAAAUGACAAUUCUCCUAGUUUUUUAACCCAGGAGAUACAUCUUAAAAUACCAGAAUCAGUGACUCUUGGCAAACGCUUUUCUUUGGAGAGCGCGCAGGAUCCUGAUGUUGGAAGCAAUUCCUUGAAAACCUACUCUUUAAGCAGAAACGAUUAUUUUUCUCUCAAACUCAAAGACACGAAAAAUGGUAGAACUGUCCCAGAAUUAGUUUUAGAGAAGCCAUUAGACCGUGAAAAGAAUGCACAGCACCAAUUAAUGUUGACAGCGUUAGAUGGAGGGAACCCGGUCAAAUCGGGGACCUGCAAGAUUAUAAUCACUGUACUUGAUAUUAACGACAAUUUUCCCUUAUUUAAUGAAAAUGAGUACAAGGUUUCUUUGAAAGAAAACAGUACCAAAGGAACCUUUGUGAUCAAACUUACAGCUACGGAUGCUGAUGAUGGUCUUAAUGGUGAAGUCAAAUAUUCCUUUGGGUCUCGCACUCCAGACUUAGUGUCAUCAACAUUUGAAAUAAACGAAAAGACGGGAGAAAUUGUUUUAAGAGGAGCAUUAGAUUAUGAGAGAACAAAAUCCUACCUGAUCGAUAUUACUGCAAAAGACAACGGCACUCCCGAAAUGGAGGGUGACUGCCGUAUUCAUUUGGACGUAGAGGACAUAAAUGAUAAUGCUCCAGAAAUUGUGCUCACGUCUAAACCCAGUCAUGUGCGCGAGGACGCACCAAGUGGCACAGUAGUGGCUUUGAUCAGUGCUCGAGAUCUUGACUCCGGUGAUAACGGUAAAGUGAGAUUACAGCUUCGUAAAGGUUCUCCUUUUUCUCUUAAACCAUCAUUUUCUAAUAACUACGAGCUGCUUACCAGUGGUCCAUUAGACAGAGAGAAUUUCCCAGAGUAUAAUAUUGAGAUAACAGCCACUGAUGCAGGCUCUCCUCCUCUGUCCAGUAAGAAAACUAUACCUGUCAGCAUCACUGAUGUGAAUGACAACCCUCCUGUAUUCACUCAGCCCUCCUAUAAUGUGUAUUUAAAAGAGAAUGGAGUACCAGGCUCUAUCCUGUACUCAGUAUCAGCAUCUGACCUGGAUUUUGGUGAAAACGCCAAAAUCUCUUACUCUAUACUGGACUCUAAAGUGCAGGACGUUUCUGUGUCCUCUUAUGUUUACAUUAACUCAGAUAACGGCAGCAUCUACAGCAUGCACUCGUUUGACUAUGAGAAACUGAAGGUGUUUCAGAUUCAGGUUCAGGCAAAGGACCAGGGCUCUCCGUCUCUCAGCAGCAACACCACUGUCCAUGUUUUUAUCCUGGACCAGAACGACAAUGCUCCCGCUGUUAUUUACCCCUCCUCCGCUGCCAUGGGCUCCCUCUCUCAUCAGAGGAUGCCCCGCUCGGCUAAAGCGGGUCACCUGGUUACUAAGGUGACGGCCGUGGACGCAGACUCGGGCCACAACGCGUGGAUCUCCUACAAAGUGUCGGAGGCCACAGACGUCUCUCUGUUCACUGUCAAUCUGUACACAGGGGAGGUGAGGACUAAACGCGCUGUGUCCGAGCAGGACGACUCCUCUCAGAGGCUGCUUAUAGAGAUCAAGGACGACGGGGAACCGGUCCAAUCCGCCACCGUCACGGUGUCCAUCCUGCUGGAGGACGGUCUCCAUGAGCCCAUCUUAGACCUCCGACAGAAAGCGGUUGAGCCCAGCAAGAAAACUGGCAGAAUCACCCUUUAUUUGAUCCUUUCUCUGGCCUCGAUUUCCGUGCUGUCUCUGGUGACUUUUCUCAUCUUAGCGGUGAAAUGCAUCAGGAACAGUAGAAGCAGCGCGAGUUGCUGCACGAGACAGAGCGACUGUGACGAUUACAAGAACCCCAACAGAAACCUGCAGAUUCAGCUCAACACUGAUGGACCUAUAAAGUACGUGGAGGUCCUGGGAGGAGACAUGUUGUCUCAGAGUCAGUCCUUCAGGUCCUGUAUGUCUCCCAUGUCAGAGUACAGUGAUUUCACUCUGAUUAAACCCAGCAGCACCACUGACUUUAAGGAGGUCAUCAGUGUCCUGGAUGCGUCUUUACCUGACAGCACCUGGACCUUUGAGAGCCAGCAGGUGAGCAUAUAAAUAAUAGUCGAUCUGCCUAAUUGGGAAGAAAUCUGCAUUGUCACUUGUUAUUUCGUUAAGGAUCUAAUCAUGGUUUUAUGGAACUCAAUAAACAGUUAUAUUUAUCUAUCUAUCUAUCUAUCUAUCUAUCUAUCUAUCUAUCUAUCUAUCGUCCUUCUCUAUUGGACUAUUUUCUGUUUGUAUAUUUAAAAACAUAGUUUUUGCGACACAAUUUUCAUUGCCUGCCUUUAAAUGUGAACCAUGUGAACAAUUCAGCACCACCAUAGCGGACAGCGAUUGUGAGAUUCAGCCCUGGUCAUGUGACGUCUGAACGGUGCUGAUUUAUUUACAAUUUAUUAUCAUCACUAUAGAUUACCUUCAUGUUUUAUGCUUAUUGUUAGUUUUUCAUUUUCUAUAUAAUUAAAUACUCGAUUAACAUGAGGCUCUGAAUGAAUAGAGGCUGCCAUGUUUGCAAUAUGUUUGCGAUUGACCCGUUUUUUAUCACAGUGAUUGAUAUUCAUUAGAUUUUGUAACAAUCACCCUGCAUGAAGGCUCCCACGCAGAAUAGAUGCUGCCACUUUAAGAGUGUCGAUCGGUUCCCCUCUCAUUGGAUGGUGGAUAUAGAUGCUGUGCACCAAUAGGAAUCAGAAUUGUACAAAGCAAUCUAGUCCC